AGAAGAGCGAAGUUUCUGGAACCAGAGAGCCCUUGGUUGUUGAACUGAGCUGAACCAAAGCUUCAUGGCCGCCAAAUGGUGGCCGUGCGCAUGAGCGGCAAGAAAAGAAAAACCACGCCAGCAGCUACAGGUGAUUCUCCAAAGAAGGAGAAAAGACAUCCAGCAGCCACACCGUUUCGGGUUCUAUUUCCCAGACGUUUUCUUCGGCAUCCACGAUCUCAUUUGGUUCCUUCCGUGCAAGGCAGGGAGGGACGAUCCCCCCUCUAUCAGAUGAGGGAGUUGAGGCCCAGCGCGAUGACGCGGUCUGCUCAGUCAUGGCUGUUUCUCGGCAGAAGCCCAGGUCUCUCUUCGACGGCAAACAAAUAGUCCAGGUGGCAUUUCUGACAGGAAACCGAGGCUUCUCCGGCCUCUGACCAAGGACGGUGGUGUGCAGGAGCCUGUCCUGGCCACACACGGCACGCAGGGAAGCUUUGGGCUCCAGAAGUUUCAAAGGGCAUCGAUAGACUGGGGUGUCAUCAGAGGAGAGGGGCCUGAGUUGAGGUGGGGAUUCAGUGCUGUGGGCUGUGGAGAGGAGGGGGUGUUGGGGGGUGUCUGAGCAGGCUCGGACCUCCCAGGGAGGGCGCUCCCAGACUAGAAGGGAAGAAGCAGGACCGGUAAGUCAAAGCCUCAAGGAAAGUACCGUCGCUAAGUUCAGGAUGAUGUAGCCCCCAGCCCUCUGAGCAGCCCACCAGGAGCUCGGCCGUCCUGGGAAGCGGGGCUGCCCUUCCCAGGAUGACCAGGAAGAGGGGCCCGUGGGCCCAGCGGGGAAGCCACAGUGCUCUCAGCCCCUACGAUGUGCCGCCUCUCCCUCCGAGCCUGGGCGUCCCGUCCGAAGCAUGCGUGUGACAGCAGUUUCCCGGGAACCCCCUGCAUGGAUGUCUCCCCAUCCCCAAGUUGCCCGCCCAGCCCGGUGGGCUCUCACCGAGCGGCGGGGGGAGCUCAGCAGCCAGGCCCUGACCCAGUCAACCCGUCUCCCCGUAGGUGCUGGACCAGGCCCGGGUGCAGAAGCCCGUGAACGUCCAGAUGCUCUUCUCGAACCCGCUGGACGAGCCGGUGAAAGACUGCGUGCUGAUGGUGGAGGGCAGCGGCCUACUGCUGGGCAGCCUCCGGAUUGACGUGCCGACCCUGCGCCCCAAGGAGCGGUCCCGGGUGCGUUUUGAGAUCCUUCCCACCCGGAGUGGAACCAAGCAGCUGCUCGCCGACUUCUCCUGCAACAAGUUCCCUGCGAUCAAGGCCAUGCUGUCCAUCGACGUGGCCGAGUGAAGGCCCCAAGAGGCCCCCCUACGAACUUGGACGGAGCUGGCAGGGCUCACCCAUGGAGUCAGCCCCCUGCCUGGGAAACCCACAACGCCCCCCAAGGCGGCCUGGACUGGACUUCCGCCUCGGGCACACACCCUCUCCCUGACUCCCAGGCUGGGGGGCCCCACCCUGGCCUGGGACUUCUCACUUUUGCACAUUCCCUUGAGCCCCACGGCCCUGCUCAGCCCUCCAGCUCUUUGGCACUGCAGAAUGGAGUGGCACCUGCCCCAGUGACUCUCUGAAAGGAUACGGGGGAGAAGACAGUCUAGACUGUUGCUGGUCCCAAGCCUGCAGUUGGGACAUUCCUACUCCGCCCUCUGGCCACCGUGGGGCAAUGGGGAUGUUGGCACUCAUGUCUUUACGCUCAAAAUAAAGGUUAAAGAGAACGAAAUCA